UCCUUCCGUGUUUUUAUUUCUGCCGUCGGACCUCAUACGGAGGGGAGGAGGUCGGGACGCUCUCGCGUAGGUCUCAUUAGAGCAUUGCUUCAAUAUCGCUUCGCUGUCACUGACUAUGGAUUCACUGCUGUGGACAUAGCUUGCUGUUUACGUAAUUAUUUUUUCUAGUCCAUGUUUGUCUUGGCCACGUGAAAUCACAGCUAGCAAGGAUGAGUUUAUACGGGUCACAACGAGCACUGAAUAUCAGUCGGAGAGACUCCCGGACCGACCUCACGGGAGGCGGAUAUCCAUACGCUCGGAGCGAAAUGGUCGGGGGAAAUGGAUAUGCUCAAGAAUAUGUGGAGGGCUACUAUACUUACACCAAAGGGUCUGGAAGUGGCGUACAGAGGUCGAGCUCGCUCGCCGAACCACACCAGAGGGCCAUGCUCCUGCAGGACCAGUGUCAGGAUGCACUGCAGCGGGCCGAGAUGCUGCUGCAGGCUGGAGGAGGGGACGCUUCUCGUAUGAGAGAGGUGGAACAUUGUAUGGGCGUGGCAAGAGAAAGGAUCGAUCAGCUCAAAGGCAUUGCCGUAGAGCUUCGACAGAUGGGCCAACCCAAUGACAAUGUGGUUAGAAGUGUGGAGCAGUGCAGGGAGCAGCUGAAAGGUGUGCACAUGGCUAUGAGUAGCAGCAUGCAGAGGCGCACUCGCUCCAGUAGGGGGAGCAGCUCCUGGGAUGAGACGCCAGGGAGGAACUACCAGGAGGCCCUCGCAUGGAUCAGACAACAGAAGCGUCUGAUAGAGACGUGUUCCUGGGCAGAUGAGCCGGCCGGCAUUGAACAGCAGCUUCUGAAGCACAAUCGUUUCCACAGCAGCAUUCAGAGGAGCCCUGAAGUGGACAGAGCCAGAGAGGAACUGAUGCAGAGAGGUGAUAAAGGAGGACUCUAUUCACUAGACCAAGAAUGGGACAGCCUACAGAAGCUGUCGUUCACACACACUCAGCAUCUGCGUGAGCUGCAGAGCAUCACUGAGGAGAUCUGCCGUGAGAUCAUGUGGGUGAACGAGAGAGAGGAAGAGGAGCUCAUCUUCAACUGGGGACACCAAAACAUCGACACAUACAUCCCCCGCAAACAGGAGAGCUACUCUAGGCUGAUGAGUGCUCUUGAGGACAAGGAGAAAGACCUGAACAAGCUGAAAAUUAAGGUAGACAACCUGCUGAAGAGCAACCACCCUGCCUCCGACAAGAUACAGGCUUACAUGGAAACUUUACAGACUCAGUGGAGCUGGCUUCUGCAGAUCACCAAAUGCAUUAGUGUUCAUCUCAAGGAGAACUCCGCCUACAGCCAGUUCUUCAAAGAAGCAAAUGACACUGUCAGUCGCCUCCAGAGAGAUCAUGAGAAUAUCCGUAAAAAAUUCACUUGCAGUAAAACCACACCCCUGCCCAACCUGCUGGAACUUCUUCAGGCCCUGGAGACAGAGAAGGAGCGUCUUGUGGAGAACAAACAGCAGGUGGCGCACCUGAACAGCAAGGCCAAGCACAUCGUCAGGCUCAAGCCCAGGAACCCAGAGGAGAAGAGCAGCGGCCAGGUCAUCGUCAAGGCCCUGCUUGACUUUAAGCAGGACCAGAAAGUGAUCUGCAAGGGCGAUGAGGGCAUUCUGAAGGACAACACCCAGCGCAGUAAGUGGUUGGUGACCGGACCAGGGGGGCUGGACAUGACCGUGCCCUCCGUCUGUUUGCUGGUGCCUCCCCCGAAUCCUCUCAGCAUCAGCCUGGCCAGCAAGAAUGAGCAGUACUACGAGGCGAUCCAGUCCCUGUGGAGCCAGUUCUACAUCAACAUCAAGAGCCUAAUCUCCUGGCAGUACUGCAUCCAGGACAUCAACCGCAUUAGAAGCCUCACCAUCACUAUGCUGUAUCAGAUGAAACCGGAGGAGUACCACAGUAUCAUCAGAAGCUUGGAGAGGCACUAUCAGGAGUUCCGCCAGAACUGUCUCGGCUCGCAGAUGUUUGCCGAUGAGGACAAGAGAAGCAUCGAGUCACAGUACACCCACGCCCAGCAGCAUUACGACACGCUGGUCACACAGCUGCCCACUUACAGUGCGCAGCAGCAGCAGCAGCAGCAGCAGAUGCAGCAGCAGCAGCAGCUGAAUUUGAGGAAGCAGGAAGUCAAGCUUGUACAGCAGGAAGUGAAAAAGCAAGUGCCUGUGCAGACAAAGGUCGUGACCUCUGUCAGCUCCACCCUUCUGAGUGAUCUGAGCGCGCUCCGUCUGAGGCUGGAGGGGGCAGAGUCCCAGCUCACCCAGUACCUGCACAUCCCAGUGGGAAAGACAUGCACUGCUCACCUCACACAGCUACAGGGUGUGCAGCGCGAGGUGGAUGGAGUACGUGCAGAGUACGAGCGCUUGAAGCAGCUGAUCCUCCAGCAGCUGCAGGGGAUAACGGACAAAGACAAAGUCCAAUUCCUGCGCUCCGAGCUGGGCCACAUCAACCAGCGCAUCAGCCUGCUGGAGGGCUUCUCCAGAGCCUAUUUUGAUAGAUGUGAGGUGGUGUUUUCCCUGCAGCAGAUGGAGCUGCAGGUGGAGGACAUAGUGAAGGUGUAUGAAGCUCGCCUGACGGAGAGGGAGACCACAAGCCUGGACCCCGACAUCGUUCAGCAGGACAGCAGUGAUCUGCAGGCCAUGCAGGCAGAGCUUCGGGAGAAGGAGUCAGUCCUUAGUGACAUGGAAGCAGAGCUCAAGAAAGCACAGCAGCUGAAUAACCUAAUCGACCCUGCCAUCCACAAGUGUGACAUCGACCUUUCCCAGCAUGCCGAGCAAGUCAGCCAGCUCUCUGACCGCUGGCUCCGCAUCAAGAACCAGAUAAGCAGCAGGGUGAUGGACCUGGGCUCCUACUUGGUGCUGCUCCGGCAGUACCUGCAGUCCAGCUCGGGCCUCAGCGACUGGAUCGGCGACACCAGGCAGCGUCUCGACACCAUGCGCGCUACCAAGAUGGACGACAUCACUGUUCUGACAGAGUACCUCAGCAAGCAGAAGGAGCUGAACUCUGAGAUUUUGGGGAAGAGAGGAACAGUAGAAUGUGUGCAGAGGGACGCAGACAACCUGGUGAAUUCCAUCAAGGACUAUGAGCUGCAGCUGGCCUCCUACGGUGCAGGCCUGGAGACACUACUGAACAUCCCCAUUAAAAGAAACCUGCUACAGUCCCCAGCUCUCACAGUCACACAGGAGGUUUCCACCUUGCAGACCCGCUACAUAGAGCUGCUCACUAGCUCCUCCGACUUCUACAAACACCUGGGUCAGAUGCUGAAGAACAUGCAGGAGCUGAAGCUUCGUGGCACACGGAUCGAUCUCCUUGAGGAGGAGCUGAGCCGUCUUAGGGACGAGUUGGCGUUGCGCAGCGCAGAGAGCCUGCGGCUCCAGGAGGCGAGCAGGAGACAGGAGGAGGAGCUGUCGCGCUCCCAGGACCAGCUCCUCACCUUGGAGGAGGCCAAGAGGAGCCAGGCCAUGAACCUGGGCUCCUCCCAGGACCGCCUGCAGGAGCUGCUAUCCAAGAUUCAGUCCCUGGAGCUCCAGCUGGAGGAGGAGGCGCGCAAGCGCAAGCUGGCGGAGGAGCGCUACAGCGCACAGGGCGAGCAGGAUGAGGAGGCGCGGAGGAGCCAGCGAAUGCUGGAUGAAGCACGCAAGACCCGGAUGGAGCUGGAGAUGAGCAUGGCUGACAGGGACAGGGAGGCGGAACGCUUGCGGCUCCAGCUACAGGAGGAGGUGCAGAGGGCCCAGGAGGCCCAGCUGGAGCUGAAGAGGGCGCAGGAGCUGCACAGCUCAAAGCUCAAGGAGGUGCAUGAGAGUUACGAGUCCCGCAUCAGUGUCACCCAGACCAACGUGCUACUCCUGCAGCAGCAGAAGGGGGAGCAGGAGCAGCUGCAGGCAGAGAACAGGGAGGCGCAAGACGAGGCCAAGAGGCUGCGCCAGGCCCUGGCUGAGGAGCAGGAGCGGCGGAAGCGUGCCGAGGAGGAGGCGCAGUUGCAGAGGAAAGCGGCCCAGGAGGAGAAGGGCAAGCGGCGCCGCGUGGAGGUGCAGCUGGAGCAGAGCACCCUGACGGUGCAGGAGUACACCGUCACGCUCACUGCCCUGCAGAGGAGCCAGGAGGAGGCGGCCGCCGAGCUCAAGGAGGCCUGGGAGGAGGCGCGUGCCCGCCAGGAGGAGCUGGACCGACUGCGGAGGGAGCAGGGCAACUCCUCCAGCAUGGUAGCCAGCCUUGAAGAGGAGCUGAGGGUGCUCAUGCUGAAGCUCGCCCAAAGGGAGGCGCAAACCGGAGAGGACAACCAGCGGCUCAAGGAGCUCCAAUGCCUCCUGGAGGAGAAGACCCAGCUGCUGAACGAGAGCAUGGCAAAGAUCCAGCGCCUCCAGGCCCUCACGGAGAAGCUCAGCAAGGAGCGCCUGCAGCUGGAGGAAGAGGUCCGGACCCUGCACCUCCAGCAGGGAGAGAUGAGGAAGGGCUGGGAGCUGGAGCAGGAGACGCGGAUCAGCGAGCUCACGCUGCAGAUAAAGACCAGCAAGAUGGCCUGCGAGGAGCACCUGCGCCUCCUCAAGGAGACCUCGGCAGAGCGAGAUAAACUCAGGGAAGAGGUGGAGAGGCUGAGGAAGCAAGUCAGCACGACAUCUGCUGAGCUGCAGCGUUCUGAGAAGCAGUGCGCUGAGCUGCGUACCCAAAAGGGGGCGCUGGAGAGGCGCGUCAAGGAGCUGGAGAACAAGCUGGAGGAGACCCAGCGGCUGCACCAGAAGCUCCAGCAGCAGGUGGAGACCCUCCAGCACCAACUGACCACCCGCGAGGCGGACAUCAAGUGUCUUCAGAUGGAGAGGAGCGAACUCCUGCUGCGCAUCAAGAAGCUUGAGGAGAGGCCCGUCGUCCGCCACAUCAACACGCAGACCGACGAGCUGCGGCCUCUCCGCGACCCCGGCGCCCUGAUGUUCCAGGGCGUGUGCGCUCCGGUCAGCGCGCAGCAGCUGCACGACUGUGGCCUGCUAAAGCAGCCGGCGCUGGAGCAACUGCAGAAGAGCGAGCGCAGCGUGGACCAAGUGGACGCCCAGCUGCAGCCGGCGCUGCGCGGAGCGAGGGUCAUCGCCGGGAUGGCAGCGGGACCCAAGGGCAAGAUGACCCUGGCGGAGGCCCUCAGGCAGAAGCUGCUGUCACGCGAGAGCGCCGUCCGGCUGCUGGAGGCCCAGGCAGCCACAGGCGGGCUGAUGGACCCCACAGUGGACCCCCAGCGGCGUAGACGGGUGGAGGAAGGGCAGGCCACGGGGCUGGUGCCGCCUUGCUCAAGCGAGCGUCUACUGGAGGCCGAGUCCGCCUGCUUGGGCGUGCGUGAGCCAGGGACUGGCCAGCGCCUGGGCGUGGGGCAGGCUCACCGACGGGGGCUGAGAGACGAGGCCAUCACCCUGCAGCUGUUGCAGGCCCAGGAGGCGGUCGGGGGCGUGCUGGACCCUCGGCUCAGCGUCUUCCUCCCGCGCGACCUGGCGACCGACCGCAAUCUGCUGGACAAGGAGAUGUACACCGUCCUGAACACCAAACCCGCGUCCUACCUGCAUCCUCUCACCCAGCGCCCGUGCACCUACACCGCUCUGCAGGACACGUGCGUCGCUGACCCCUCCACCGGCCACCUGCUGCUGCCGCCCACCAAGGCGGCUCUGUGUGUCAAGGGUCUCCGAGCCGACGUCCCCGUCUGGGAGCUGGUCGGCGUGGGUCUCCUGGAGCCCGAAGACCUGGAGCACCUGCUGGACGGCCGCCUGCGCCUGGACGACAUCCAGCUGCGGCUGCGCGCCUACCUGCGCGAGUGCGGCUGUGUGGCGGGCAUUACCGACCAGCAGAGUGGCCGCACUCUUACGCUGCAGGAGGCCCAGCAGGUGGGGAUGCUGAGCAAAGAAGCCACCCUGGAGCUGCUGGAGGCUCAGAUCGCCUGCGGGUUCAUCAUGGACCCACGAGACGGCCGAGGCUACACCGUGGAGGAGGCCCUCAAGAAGGGGCUGGUUGGAGCAGAGUAUAAGGAGGCUCUGUUGAAGGCUGAGAAGGCUGUGACCGGCUACAGCCAGCCAGGAGGUGGGCCUGUGCUCUGCCUCUCUGAGGCCCUGCAGCGUGGGAUGGUGGAAAGGAGCUACGGUCUGCGUCUGUUAGGGGCUGAGCUGAGCAGCGUGGGCAUUAUUGACCCCUUGCUCAGCGUCCGCAUCCCGCCCGAUACAGCAGUCCAGCGUGGCCUGCUGGCCCAUGACCUCCGUCAGGCGCUCGAAGCACAAGGGGCUAUCAGCUGGGGAUUCAGUGACCCCACCGACCCCAACAAUCAGGAGAAACUCCGCUACACCCAGCUGAUGAAGGAGGGCCAGAAGGACCCCAAGACCGGCCUGCUGCUCCUACCUGCCACUGUGCCCAGCCAGAAGAACACGGUCAGGAAGCGGAGGGUGGUGAUUGUCGACCCCGACAGCGGACGAGAGAUGACCGUAAAGCAAAGCGCACGGGCGGCUCAUCACCACCAGACGUCGGGAGCUUGGCGCGGCAGGAGGCGCAGUGGGAGGGAGAUCACCAUCACGGCGGCGGACGGCUCCAAGCGGCUGGUUAUCAUGGACCAAACCAAGGGUCUCAAGUACGAUGUGCAGGAGCUGCUGGAGAAGGGCGUCAUCAAACAGACCCAGCUGGAUCAGUACCGCGCCGGAAAAAUCACUCUAGCGCAACUAGUGGACGCCAUCUCCGAUAGCACGAAGCGCCUCACGUCAUCGUCUGGUUUGAAGACCUCCACACAGACCUCGGCUUCCUCCAACUUCUCCUCCUCCUCUGGCACCAGGACUUCAGCUGCCUCCGCACCCUCUUCCUCAGCUACACCAUCUGCAGCCUCUGCUGCCUCUGUGUCCACCACCUCCAACUUCUCCUCCUCCUCUGGCACCAGGACUUCAGCUGCCUCCGCACCCUCUUCCUCAGCUACACCAUCUGCAGCCUCUGCUGCCUCUGUGUCCACCACCUCCAACUUCUCCUCCUCCUCUGGCACCAGGACAUCAGCUGCCUCCGCACCCUCUUCCUCAGCUACACCAUCUGCAGCCUCUGCUGCCUCUGUGUCCACCACCUCCAACUUCUCCUCCUCCUCUGGCACCAGGACUUCAGCUGCCUCCGCACCCUCUUCCUCAGCUACACCAUCUGCAGCCUCUGCUGCCUCUGUGUCCACCACCUCCGCCUCUCCGCCUAAAUCCUCCAUGACACACAUCAAAUCUCAGACCGUGUCCACAUCCUCGGUCAUCAUCAGCAGCAGCAGUCCUGGCAGGUUCAUCUCCGGAGAGCAGGCACCGCUCUCCCCCGGCCGCAUCACUAGCAUGUCAGUCAACCUGGCGUCGCCCAUAGCGACUGUAGGAGAGAGAAGCCCCGUGGGGGUCAUCUUCGACUCAGACACGCUGGAGAGGGUGAGUGUGACCGAGGCCAUGAGCAGCGGCCUGUUGGACAACCUCACCGGCCAACGCCUCCUAGAGGCCCAGGCGUGCACCGGCGGUCUGGUCUGCCCAUCGUCUGGCCGUCGCCUCUCCCUACAGGAGGCCCAGCGCACGGGCCUGAUCACGGACGAGCUGGCGUCCCGCUUGCGCCCGGCGCAGAAGGCCUACGUGGGCUUUGUCGAGCCACAGGGCACGCGCCGACUCUCGGUGGCUGAGGCCGUGAAGGAGCGCUGGCUACCCCACGAGGCCGGCCAGCGGUUCCUGGAGUUCCAGCAGGCCACGGGCGGGCUGUGGGACCCACAGGAGGGCUGCCGGCGGAGCCUGGAGGAGGCGCAGGCCCGCGGCUGGGUGGACCCACGCUCUGCCCAGAAGCUGGGUGACCUGCGACAGCACGCCCGCUGCCUCAUCUGCCCGCGCUCCAGCCUCAAGCUGUCCUACGCCGAGGCCCUGGAGCGCUGUCUGCUGGAGGAGGUCACGGGCAUCAUGAUGCUCCCAGCCGCAAAACCCUCGUCCACCCCAGGGUCCAGGUCAGGGUCGUGUACGGGGUCACGCUCGGGCUCGCGUAAAGGCAGCAUUGACCUCACCUCCUCCUCUUCAUCCGUAUAUACCAGCUUCAGCUACAGCUCUAGUUCCUAUACAACUAGCCCUUGAAGCGUACACAGUCACACACAAACAAAACACACAUGCUCACACACACACACACACACACAGAUUUUGAGGCCUUGCUGCCGCCUACAUGCAAAGUAAGAUAUAAUGCUGUAGACCUCAUGUGGUGGACCUAGUUUAAACUGCUAGCCAGCGCUUCAAGCCAAAAAAAACUGCUUUUGCUUUAGUAUAUUAGGGGUAAUGAGCUUCUGCACACAGGCACCUGCGGUUAACUAGUAUAGUAGCUGGAAGAGUUCAGCUUGUGCUGAAUGGGAGUUUGGGUUCUGGUUCAGCAUCUCUAUGCAAUAACCUUAUAUGAGAGAAACUCAGUAUUUUUCACAGUAUAAAUCUCUAUUUUGAUCUUUUCCAAAUACGGUAUUAAGUGGAAGGUGCAGAGGGUGUGAAAUGGGUGUGUGCUUGGGAACAAAUUAGGUCUCAUCUGUCUGAUGAUGACGACGAUAAUGGUGAUGAUGACAGCAAUGAUGAUGAUGAUGAUGAUGAUGAUGAUGAUGAUGAUGAUGAAAGUGCAAUGCAUGACUUGGUGAAGGCUGGUGAAGGAACUUUUUUUAAACCCUGGUGCUGAAUUGAUCCCUAAUCUUACAAUAACCUCAGUGCCAUGUUAACGGUGUAAUUGCUUACUUAUGACUUUAGCCUUUUCAUCAUUAAUAAAAAAAGAA